AUGAUAAAACGAUUCAGAAGAUCAGCUGCUGGUAAGGACGAGCAGUUGCCAUCAGAUAUCCGUACCCCUAAAACACUGCUACAAACGAUCAACUAUAUGCUUCGACAUGUUACUACCAGUGAUGAGACCCUUGGUUCGAGGCACAAAUUUGUUUGGGACCGGACACGUUCAGUACGAAACGACUUAUCCAUCCAACAAGUCAGCCAGAAACAAGAUAUCGAAAUUGCCGUCAAAUGCUUCGAAAGGAUUGCUCGUUUUCACAUUUUGUCGCUCCAUCUGUUAUCAAGCCCAACGAACCAGGAGCAGUUUGACCAUCAUCAAGAGCGAGAACAACUGAACAAUACCCUUCUAUCGCUGCUUUAUUACUACGACGAUAAUCGCGGAAGACUUACAUUUCCAAAUGAGGCUGAGUUCAGAGCUUAUUACAUUUUGUUUUCCAUCCACGACCAACGCCCGGACCUUGAAGCUCGAGUUCAAAAAUGGCCCCGUGAACUACGGGAAUCUCCUCGGGUCCAGGUGGCCAUGGAAAUGUUUGCAGCUGCAGGAAAUACCUGGGAGUACCAAGGCACAUUAGAUGCUAAACGGCCUAAUCCGCUUGCUCAGGGUCUCUAUUCCCGAUUCUUCAAGCUUGUCAAAUCGAAGAGUGUGUCUUACCUUAUGGCUUGUGUGGCAGAGGUCUACUUCAACCAAGUUCGCCAAACAGCGAUUAGGUCAAUCUGGAAAGCGCACUGCCGACAACCUGCCUCUCAGCAGCAUAAAAAUCAAGAAUGGACGGUCGAUGAACUCACUACAGCUUUGGCUUUUGACAAUGAUGAGCAGACGAUUGCCUUCUGCGAGGAGCAAGACCUUCAGUUCGCAACCAAUAGUGAGGGCCAGCUUUAUCUGAAUUGGGCUAAUCGUCCACUUGACUCGGUUGUAUUCCAACCAUCUUCCCGGCAGACUUUCUCUUAUCGACUUGUUGAGCAAAAACGCUGCGGAAGAUCAUUGGCUGCCGUCAUUCUUGGAAUGAGUGUUUCCCAAGCCAUCAGGUACAAAAUGAUUGAUGCCUCUCUCCUCCAAAACGAAUCCUCCGUUCAAUCGAUGCAAGGAGACGAAGAGGGUCUUUUCGUUAGCGACGAGGAAGAUAAACCGAACCCCUUUCAAACAACGCAGCAGUCACCAUUUGAAACGACUAAUAAGCCAGCCGUAACAUUCGGUACACCGUCACCGGCUGUUUCUACGUCACCUUUCGGUCAAAGCUCUCCAUUUGGACCCCCAUCUAACUCCCGGUUAUCUCCCGCUGCCUCGCCCUUUGUCCCUCAAAACUCUAAUCCUAAGCCAACCGUUCAGUUUGGACAGCCAAGCCCGGCUCAAACUCCAGCCUCGUUAUCUUUGUCACCAACACCUACAAUACAAAAUUCAAGUGAAGCUUCUGCCACAGCUACUUCUAACCCGCCUACAUUCUCAUCAACGUUUCCUACAGUUACCGUGUCUGGUUUUGGAUCACCAUCCUUUUCAUCACCCAGUACUAAUGGGGUAUUCAAAGGAGAGCAAACCACUCAAGCUGCUCCAACGUUUGGUUUUGCCUCCACUGCGCCUACUGACACGGCCGAGGCAGCUGAAGUAAAGCCUGCUGAUCCGAGGACACAGCAGUCUCUGUUUGGAUCCCCUUCACCAUUUGGUCCCCUGGCCGAAACUAAGCCUUCUGAAGUCAAACCUGUUGACUCUCCAUUUGGGAAACCUCAGCAAACAUCUUCGCCCUCGCAAGAUGAAACUUCAAAGAAGCCAUCUCAACCUUUAUUUACUCCUUUCCCUGGGAGUGCUACCAGCCAGAAACCUCCUUUGUUUGGACAAAGCUCGAUCUUUACGUCAGGAAAGCCAGCUCAGUCCGCGACCGAACAGCCAUCAAAUGAAGGCAGCACCGUCGAAACGGCCAAGCCAGCAUCCCCCUUCACCAUGUUCCAGCCAACUUCAUCUAUCGAUUUGACUGGAAAUCAUGAGACAGUGGAACCCGAACCCCGUUCCUCGGCAAAGUUCUCUUUCCCAUCCUCUCCCUUUGAACUUAACGACUCUGAGCGAGCGGCGUCUAAUGCUCAACCGUCAAACCCAUUCCAAUUAGAGCCAAGUACUGAUAUACAAUCUGGCCCCUCCCUGGAACAAUUUAAAGAAGCAGAAGAGGAAAAGUCAAAAGAGAGGGAAGAAGCUGAAGCUAAAAAGGCAAAAGAGGAAGAAAAGAAAAAGCGAGAAGCACUUCAGUUAGAACAAGAAAGAGAGCGUCAGAGGCUUGAGGAGGAGAAGGCUAAGAAAGAAGAAUUAGAGAGACAGGAGGCUGCUGCCCGAGAGGCGGCCAGAGAGGCAUUACGAAAGCAAAAGGAGGCCCAGGAAGAAGCCAGACGCCAGGCGGAGGAGAAAGAGCGGGCCGAGCGUGAGAUUCAGCGUCAACGGGAGCUUGCGCGUGAACUCCAGGCAGCUCAGCGAGAAAUAGCAAGGAGACAAACAGCUGAAAAGAAGGCUGCACGAAAAGAAGCUGCCAGGCGGGCCUCGAUAGAAGCCGACAUCAUGAAACGAAAAGCCGACGCGCUUAUCGAGGAACUGGAUGUCCACCAUAAGAGAGGCUCAAAAGUAGCCAGACUCACUCCGGAAGACGAGCUUUCGGUGGAGGAGCUUAUGACUAGUAACCGACCUAGACACAAGAAGCCUCCAACAUCGGCUCCCCAGCCUUCGAAACCUGCAAUAGACGAAGACGAGCUCCUUCUCUCUGCAGCUAGGCUGGCUGCUCAUACCUUGUCUCAGGGAGCUCGACUAUGGGACGAGGUCCCAGACUUCACCCGCUCCGUUUCUUCCCCGUCUAGCUCCCUUUUCGGGAGAUCAAGUAUUGGAUCUCAACCUAGCUUUGAUGGAUCCCGUGCAAUCGUUAACGGGUAUGACGUUGCUCUCGCCCCUUCUUCGCCGCUUGGUUUGGGCAGGACUCUCUCCCGGACAGAACAAAGAAUAAGGGCCACUGGUGCCAAAGGCCUUGCAACCAAGCCCAUCACACCCUCCCAAAGGGUGAAAAGGAACAGUGAGAAAGGAAAAGAACCGCAGUACUAA